AUGUCGCACAAUGCUGCUUACUUCAAUUUUUGCGUGCCGCUAAACCUACUAUUGGGUUUUUGCGAAGAUUAUAAGCGAGUUGUGAUUAACGCUCGUCACGAAUUAAUUCUGAUACGUUCGCGCAACGUCAACAAUUGCAUAUUUGGACAUGCUUCGGCUGAAGCUGAUAUCGAAUUAUUCAAGAUACAAUGGCGUAUGCCUCAUGUAAUAUUGAGCGAGGUCAAUAAACUAUCCUUGCUACGCGCGUUGGAAAGCGGGCGAUACUUGAAUAUAAGUUUUCGCUCUUGGGAUCUAUACGAAUUUCCUCUAUUGCAUAAUAUGACCAAGCAUUCGUGGACCGUGAAAGCCGCCUCUCAACUGGAGAAGCCGCGAUACGUGAUCUUUGCGCUGCAGACUGUCAGAAAAAAUGCUGUGUCAAAAGAUAUUACUACAUUCGACGACUGCAAAUUGACCAAUGUUAAACUCUAUCUAAAUUCGGAAUUUUAUCCCUACGAUGAUUUAAAUUUAGAUUUCGAUAAAAAUAGAUUCGCCCUCUUGUUCGAUAUGUACUCUCGUUUUCGCAAAUCUUAUUAUGGAGUGUGA